AUGAUUGGCCGAGAUCAGCAACAUGCUUUUCUGAGGGGGUUUGAACCUGAGCUCGUGAAACUGAUGUUCGAUACUGCCACCGCCGAGCAAUUAGAGGCGUGGCUCCGGCUGUCGUUGGAGCUGGCAGCAGACAACAAACACCUCGAGCUGAUAUCAAGACUUGAAAACGCGGGAGCGGUGGGCAGCAGGUUUCACCUAGCCGUGAGGCAAGGGAACGGGAUGCUGGUGGCCGACACAAUCAAGCGUGGGGAGUCACCUGAUGCCAGGGAUGGAAACGGCGAUGCUCCUCUUCAUAUCGCUGGAGCGCGAGGGGACGUAGACCUGGUACGCUUGCUACUGUCAAGCGGGGCUGACCCCAAUCUGCCAGACAGGAAGCAACGCACCCCUCUCCACGUCGCAGCCAGGUAUGGCCACGCGGAAACGGCGGGCGCUUUGCUUUCGGGAGGGGCGUGGGUGAGCCCCUUUCUCGACUCGGAGAGCUGCUCUCCGCUAGAGCUAGCCGUUCGCCACGGGCAUGUUGACGUUGUAGCGGUCCUUGCCAAGCAUGGAGCGGACAUGGAUGCCGCAGCUUCUACUGGCCUGACACUUUUGCACCUUGCUGCCAGUGAAGACAUGGUGGACCUACUGCAGUGCCUCGUAGCAGGGGGGGCUAGCCUGGAAUCGCGGGACACGCACGGAUCGACGGCCCUCCACAUCGCCGCCGAAAAAGGCGCGGCGGCCGCAGUUAAGGUCCUGUUAGCACUCGGAGCUCGUCCCUGCGAAUUCAACGGCGACGGUCUUUCUCCCCUCGGUUUAGCUUGCAAGGGUGGCCGCCUGCAGGCCGUUCUCGCGAUUCUGGCGGCGAACCAUCGCAACCCCAUAAUCGAAAACGACGUUGUUAACCUUCGCUUCGGAGGGGAGCCCUCGCCGCUCGAACUGGCUGCCUGCCACGGCCACGCACACGUCGUGAGGACCAUGCUCCGCCACGGCGCGGACGUGGACAGCACGGACUGUCCCUACCAGCCGGCGCUGCACCGAGCUGCCGAUGGAGGCCACGUGGAUGUGCUAAAAGUGUUGAUAGAUCACGGAGCGAAUUUGGACGCUGUCGACACUGAUGCAGAAACAGCCCUCCACCACGCAGCAACCUUUGACCAAUCCGGCGCGGUCGACCUUCUCGUCCGGGCUGGCGCCAACAUCGAAGCGGUGGGGGAAGAAUUGUAUACGCCUCUCCACCUGGCGUGUCGGUUCCGGAAACGCGAGGCCACACGGGCGCUCUUGGCCCACGGGGCAAACGUCCAGACUGCGGACGAGAACGGAUGCACGCCUCUUCACUCGGCCGCGUCCAACGCAGAUGCUCAAGUAGUGGAGCUUCUGCUAAGAUUCGGGGCAGACACGGCGACUACGUCGGCGGCUGGAUCUACCGCUGCGGAUGUUAUUGGGCACAACUGUGACGGAGAGGAGCUUCAAGCCGAGAACAUCGAGCAACUGGAAAGUCUCUUGAUCUGCGCUGGACUAGGUGACAUCAACAAUGACUGA